GUAAAGUUACUUUAUAAUAAAGUCUCUCCGCUGUAGCCCCCCCGUCCUUCGCCUAUAAGAACAACAUCACCAGAUUAUAUUACAAGGCUGCGCUAUCUGAAUGUCUCAUUUUCAAUGCGUGUCCAUCACCAACGGUUUCUUUGAAUCUUGAUUUUACACUGCUGCAUGUGAUCUCCGCUGGCCAGGGUAGAUCUGGGAGUGGAAGUUCUAACGUCCACUCGACUAACGGACCAGGCACUCUGAGAAACUACAAUUCCCACAGUGACAUGCGGGACUGAUAACGACGUCAGAGUCCAAAGCAGCAGAAUAAACCGGAAGAUGCAUUAGGGGGAACGUCUGUGCUUCGUCUCCUGCGGACAGCAUGUCGGGGCCCUCCUUAGAGCCAACAGGGCCGGUAAAAGCCAGCGCCGUCGGCAGCACGCGCUCGCGUCGGAAACCCCUGACAACGGAGGAAGCCGAGCUGUUUGAACUGGCGCAGGCGGCGGGGACUAGCAUCGACCCGGAAGUGUUCAAAAUUCUCCUGGACCUUCUGCGUAUGAAUGUGGCGCCCACGGCGGUCUUCCAGAUGUUGCGGUCCAUGUGCGCAGGGCAGAGACUCGCCGCCGAGGGCGCUCCGGAGCCUGCGCGAGAGCCCCCAUUUGUCUCUGCCAAGACCAGUAAAAUCCCUGCACCUCUCUCACUUUCCUCUGCCCUCCGACCUCCGAGAAUAAGAGUCACUCAGGCUGGGGUCUACAGUCCCGCUGCUGCGGCUUGCUCGCCUCUCUCUCAAGGUCCCCCUGGCUCUUUCCAGUUUUCUUGCUGCCUGUUCUCUCCUUUUGCAGGGAGAACCAGAACUGGUCCCACAAUAACUGGGCCCCAGACUCUAUCUGAUCACAGCAGCCGGGAAGGAUCCAGCCAACGAGUACCGCGGCAGCCAAGUGCCAGCCGGCUGCAGAAGACUGGGAAAAGCACAUAGCUGUUUGGAAAGAGACGGGUGAAAGACGACUGGGAAAAGCACAUAGCUGUUUGGAAAGAGAAGGGUGAAAGAUGCCCUUUAUCUGAAAGAUGAAAUGGUAGCUUAUCAAGUUAAGAGUUUGUUGUGGCUAAUUAGUCUUGGAACCUAACGUGUACUUGGGAAUAUUAAUAAAGUGUUGCGCAGAAAGUAUCAAGAAAGUAAGUGCCGAGAAUGGAAUGUAGAUUGAUCACUGCAUAAACCUCAGACACGUUAAGAGUAAAAAGUCACCUUUAUGUAUCUGACUAGUAAAUCUACCAUGGUUGCUUUUGUGUUCUGUUUUAAAACAAUUUCCCUUACAGUUGUAUCUUACAGCUGUUUGCGUGGUUACCUCUAUGCACAUCAGUGAAUGACCUUUCUCUCCAGCCCCUCAGAUUUCUUAGGCUUGGUGUUUUAUCAUCUUUUUCUCUGCCAGGCAGCCAGAUAUGCCAUAUGUUUACUGAGUUCUACUGUGUUGACACCCAAGUAUACAUAGGGUUUGCGGCCUUUGUCCCUUGCAGAUCCUCCAGUAUUUAUCUCCUAUCCUUAUUCUUAGAAGGUUGUGGGUUGUAUAAAGUUACCAGGCUCUGAAAUGGGGCAUAUUUACAAAAAAAACGGAGCCAAUAUUAUUGGAAGAGAAAGUGCUUUUCAGGUUGACAUUUCAUAACGUAGUGCAAACCAUGUCAACGCCACCAGGUGCUCAGGCCAUCACCAGCUGGACUUAAUCCAGGAUUCCUUAAUUUUUUUAAAAAGAUCAAAACGGUUAUAAAUCCGGCUUCAGAAAGCAGCCAUCUAAUCCAUCUGGGAUAGUAUACGGCUGCUUGAAUUGUCCCCAAAUGCAGUCUGCAGGUUAUUCCUAACCCUGCCCUCCUGUUACGGUUUAGUUAACCCUUCAGUCUGGUUUCUAAUCCUUGUGCUAUCUUGAUUCCUCAGCAAUUUCAAAGGUGGUUUGUCUGUUGUCUUGAUCUCUCCCUUGCAUUUUCCUUGUGCCCUUUCACCUUGAUUAGAACACACGUUUGUGUAACAGUGCUUGAAAUUUGGAAAGAGACAGGCUGAGAAAAGGCUGUGCUCUGAUCUCUGUGCCCCGACCCCCCACUCAUUCUGAUACUUUGAAGUGUGUAUAUGUAUUGAUCAUAUUUCUUAAAUAUAUUUCAGAUUUUUUUAAAAAAAAAUAAGUUGUUUCAUGGCGUCCUCCCUAAACCAGGUAAUGUUUGCACUAUGCCAACAACCUAUUUGUCCUGGGACGCACUACCGGUAUUUGUUUUUCUGCAAAUGUUCUGCUACUUGGAAAAGUUCCGGAAAUACAUAUUAAAAACAAGUUUCUGCAGA